AUGGAAGAUAGCAGCAUUGACAAAGAGCUAAAGCAGAAAUUAAACUUCUCCUGGUGUGAAGAGGAGAGUGAGAACGAGGGGCAGCAGGGAGCGCGAGGGAGCCGGGAGGCCCAGAGCCAGAGCCCAGAGGCGUCUGAGGCGCAGGCCUCGGAGGCAAAGUCCGCGCCUCCCAGGACACCCCUUCGUAACGCCCAUGAACUCUCCCCAUCUCAGGAAAAAGACAGAGGGGGACCAGAGAGGCCUCCCAAGUGUCCUGAAACACCAGACCAGCCAAAUGACGGAUGCCAGCUGCCAUGCUGUGAGAGUCCCUUCACUCCCAAAGGUCUGCUGAGCCAGUCAGCUGUUUCUUCUACAGGGAGGCUCCCCUGCCGAGGCUGUAAGCACUUUAGGCUCACACCUAUUUCCUUCACAGAUGAAAUGACCUCAUCAGCUCUGGUUAAUGUUAAUCCCUUCACCCCAGAGUCCUAUAGGAAACAACUCCUUCAAUCCAGUGGCAAGAGGAAAACCCGAGGAGAUCUGAGGCUAGCAGGUGGGGAAGAGAAAAAGAUAGGGUUGCUUUCAGAAAGAUGCCUUCUACGAGAAACCAACAUGACUUCCCGCUAUGAAAAAGAAUUCGUGGAGGUAGAAAAAAUUGGGGUUGGGGAAUUUGGGACCGUCUCCAAGUGCAUUAAGAGGCUGGAUGGAUGUCUCUAUGCGAUAAAACGCUCCAUGAAGCCUUUCGCAGAAUUAUCAAAUGAGAAUUUGGCUUUGCAUGAAGUUUAUGCUCAUGCAGUGCUUGGCUAUCACCCCCACGUGGUGCGUUACUACUCUGCGUGGGUCGAAGAUGACCACAUGAUUAUCCAGAAUGAAUACUGCAAUGGUAAGUAUGGGGAUUNGGCCUUCCUGUCUUCUGUUCUGAAGGAUUACCGGCAUCUCCCCAAAGCAGACAUAUUCGCCUUGGGAUUAACAAUUGCAAUGGCGGCCGGUGCAGAGUCAUUGCCCAGCAAUGGGGCCAGAUGGCAUCAUAUCCGUGAGGGAAACCUUCCGUACAUCCCUCAGGAACUCUCAGACGAAUUUGACAGUCUACUCAAGUUUAAAGAUCCUGUUACAUUUUUUUCAUUUGUCCUUCUGAGCAACCCCGUGAGGGAACUGAGAGCAGCCCAACGGGAGCAGUCCCCCCAGGAAGGUGAUGAUGAGCCUGGGGUCUCUGGGACACCCACAGGAUUAAGAAGCACCAAACUCCUAGUGGGAGGAAAGAGUGUAAAGUCUUCAAGCUUCAGCUGUGGGAUAACUUCCCCAUAAGAACUCAUUUCACAUCAGCCCACGUUUUACCUUAGAGCUGCCAGCAACAGAUUUUGACCGUGUCAAACUUCCUCCUGUAAAUGGAAAGAUUAACCAACCCGAAUGCCCAAAGAUUUCAAAAGCCACUCCUAAUUUAGCAUUUACAGCCAAGACCCUAAAGCUUUUAAGGCCUCCUAUGAGCAGUGGUCCCAGGUGCAAUAAUCAGUAGACACUCCUCUAUUGUUAUAUUCCUAACACCGUCUAUCACUUCUCUCACUCAUUGUGCACAAGGGGAGAGUGUGGGCUUCUGAGCUGAAAGAAGAGAAGGAACCAGCCCUCGAUGUAGCGUGUGGCCUAAGAGGUUGCUCUGGCUAAUUACCUACGAAGGAUCCCUGUGACUCCCUGCACAUAAAAAGGAGUACUAUUUUGUUUUGAGUUGAGGUAACAGCUUAUAAGAAAAUGCGCCUGGAUUUCAACACUGUUUGCCAGGUUAUAUGAUGGUAUUAUUCCUAAAAGAAUUCUCAGCAACUUUGAGUAAGUAGUUUUCCUACUGUAGUCUCUGAAUGGAGACAAUCCCUUCCUCUGAUAUUGUAUUUAUUAAACAUAAAGGAUUUCACCAUUAUGUGAGGUGGGUAGAAAUAAGACUAUACAUAACUUGACAUUUCUGAGCUGGCUAUUAACUUAUGGAACAGAAACACUGGUAGAGGGCGUGGGGGGAAUUUGAUGUGGUUGUUCUCCUUCCAUCUAUUUGCCCUGACCCUCUUGUAACUGUUAUGUCUGGUUUUAAUUUUCUGGAUGUCGCCAACUUCUCCUUGAUUUUAUCAGAAUUUGGCUUUAUUUCCAGUGAUUUUAUCACAUUUUACCCAAAUCCUUUUCUCUGUAUAUAUUUUUAAAGGAAUAGAAUAUUUGUAAAUAAAGGUUUUUUUUUAUCUUGUCCAAAGCCAAAUAUGAGUAAAACACUCUUCUUUGUACUAUAUAACUAAGAAUGAGAAAUUUAUGUUGGAAGCCAUUUCAUGAUAGAUAGGUGAGAGAAUUAGGUAGGCUAGCACUAACAAGUCUUGGCUUCAAGGCCGAGUGUCACAGGCCCAAGAGCAAAUAU